CGGAAGAGGACUGGCGCAAUUUGUUUUCCCUUUCUUCCCCACAAGUGUUCGUGAUCAAUUUUUCUUUCAUUAGUUCCCGGCCAGAACAGAAAACAUAUAUAUGCUUAUGAAAAACACCCUAUGCCUCAAUAUUGAGUGGGAAAACACAACAAAUUAACAAAAGCUUGCUUUGCUCGCAAAGAUGGAAGAAUCUGCAAGAAAGCUGCUCAGGGAAGAAAUAUCUCCAGAAGAAGAUGAGCUACCUCUGAUAAAAAGGGUAUGGCAGGAGAGUAAAGUGAUGUGGGUAGUAGCAGCUCCAGCCAUAUUCACUCGAGCCUCCACCUUUGGCAUCAAUGUUACGAGCCAGGCCUUUGUUGGUCAUAUUGGCUCCAAGGAGCUCGCUGCCUUUGCCCUUGUCUUCACUGUUCUUAUCAGAUUCGCCAAUGGUAUUCUGUUCGGAAUGGCCAGUGCUUUGUCAACUCUAUGUGGCCAAGCAUAUGGUGCCAGGAGAUAUGGCAUGAUGGGUGUGUACCUGCAACGAUCAUGGAUAGUCUUGUACUUCACCAGUCUUCUUCUUCUUCCCCUGUUCUUCUUCACCAGUCCGAUUAUGAAGAUGCUGGGUCAAGAUGACAGCAUUGCGGAUGUGGCAGGAACUAUUUCACUCUGGUCCAUCGCUGUCAUUUUCGCCUAUGUUUUGUCGUUCACCUUCCAGACAUUCCUGCAGUCUCAAAGCAAGAACGUUGUUAUAUCAUUCUUGGCUGCUUUCUCCAUCACAAUUCAUGUAUGCUUGUCGUGGCUUUUGACUAUCAAAUACAAGCUUGGGAUACCUGGUGCAAUGAUUUCAACAAUUCUUGCAUAUUGGAUACCUAACAUUGGCCAAUUUAUAUUUGUGACAUGUGGUUGGUGUCAUGAAACGUGGAAUGGCUUCUCCAUUUUAGCCUUCAAAGAUCUGGGGCCUGUGGUCAAGCUCUCUCUUUCAUCAGGUGUCAUGCUGUGUCUAGAGCUCUGGUAUAACACAAUAUUAGUUCUAUUAACCGGUAGCAUGAAAAAUGCAGAGGUUGAAAUUGACGCUCUUUCUAUAUGUCUCAACAUCAAUGGAUGGGAAAUGAUGAUAGCCUUUGGUUUUCUGGCUGCAGCUAGCGUUAGAGUGUCAAAUGAGCUUGGGAGAGGGAGCUCCAAGGCUGCGAAGCUCUCAAUAGUAGUGACGGUGGCGACAUCAUUCACGAUAGGGUUCAUUCUGUUCUUAUUCUUCUUGUUCUACAGGGAGAGACUUGCCUACAUAUUCACUACGAAUCAACAAGUGGCCGUUGCAGUUGGAGACUUGUCACCUUUGCUUGCAUUCUCUAUAUUGUUAAACAGUGUUCAACCUGUUCUUUCUGGGGUUGCCGUAGGAGCAGGAUGGCAAAGCAUCGUGGCGUAUGUGAACAUAGGGUGUUAUUACAUCAUAGGAAUCCCGGUUGGAGUUGUACUCAGUAAAGUUCUUCAUUUGCAAGUCAAGGGUAUCUGGAUGGGGAUGUUGUUUGGGACACUGGUUCAGACAAUUGUGCUAACAAUUAUUACUUGUAAAACUGAUUGGGACGAGCAGGUCCUGUUGGCUCGACGUCGCGUUGAUAGGUACUCUGUGGACGAUGAAGAAACAGACACGGUCACAUCUAAUGCAUAAUUAGUUUAAACAGAGGCACGAGGGUGUUUCAUUAAUGAUGUGAGCAAGCAGUGUCCACAUAGUUUGAUGCGUAGUACAGUAUUUGGUAAAGAUUAUAUUAGAGAUAAUCUUUUGCUGUAUAUGGUGGUGUCAUAUACUCAUGUGACAUCCCAGUCCCACCAAAUAAAGUGGAUGCUUUUCUUAUCCAGGUCUUGUCUCUACAUCCUCUCCAUACAUCUGAUCUCCUAGCCAAUAUCUAUGACAUCCAAAUCCCACUUCCUUGAUCUAACGGUUCUCCCACUUUGCAACUUAUGGAAUUUGUGGUUUCAA